AACACGCCUGAGGUGCUGGAAGAGCGUGCAGUAUCGCUGGAGGGAGGGAUGCAAGAUGAUGAAGACACGACGGAGAAUAUACGACGGAGGGAAGGAGUUGAAGACACUCUGGCUGCCAUGCAACGCGAUGAGGAGGCACCGGAUGGUAACACUGUGAAGGCUGAGCAAGAUGCAUAUGCACAGGAAGAAGAGCAAGAAGAUGUUAGUGUGGUUGUUCCGAAAGUGGGCAUGAAGUUUGCAAGCACAGACGUGGUGUAUGAGUUUUACAAAAAAUAUGGUAGGAGUGUAGGAUUCCCGAUUAGAAAAAGAACAUCUACUAAGGAUAGAUCCAAGGGUGCUGUAGUGUCAAUAGUGAUAGAGUGUUCACGGGCGGG